GUGUGUGUGUGUGUGUGUGUGCGUGCGUGCCUAAGUGAGUGCGCGCAGGCAAGCGAUCGAGCCAGUGAGUGAGCAAGCGAGAGAGAGAGAAAGGGAAAAAGAAAGCAAUCGAGAGGGAGAGAGCGAAUCGGAGUGCGAGUGCAAGACAAAGCUAUGAAAUUAAUCCGAGCUAUAUGCCUCCUGCUUCUUUGUCCAGCUUUGAGCCUCAACACCAGACAAGGCUAUGAGGGGCUGGAGCAGAAGCUGAAGGAGGUCUUCACAGAGCGGACUGGCAUCCUGCGUCAACUCUCCAAGACUACAAAGGAACUGGACAGCAUAAAAGGCAACCUUCAGACACUGAAAAAUGAUGACUCCGUGGCCAAGAAGGAUGUCCAGAGAAUCCUGGAACUCAGCCACAAGCAGAGGGAAGAGAUGAAGUCCCUCCAGACUGCAUUGCAGAAGCAGCUGGACGAGGCAACGGAACAGGCCGAGAAACAGCAGGCCACAAUCAAGUUCCUCAAGAUGGAGAUGGAGAAAAAGACCAAAAUAAUCAAGGACCUGCAACAGGAGAACAAGAGCUUGAAAAAUAAACUGCUAUCUGGCAACAAACUGUGUGAUGUCCAUGCAGAAGAGUCCAAAAAAAUCCAGGCUCAACUGAAAGAGCUGCGGUAUGGGAAAAAGGAUUUAAUUUUCAAGGGACAGCAGCUAAUGGAUCUGGAGCACAAGUUAACCAUUGCCAAAGAAGAGUUGGAAAAGGCCGCACUGGACAAGGAGUCUCAGUUGAAGGCACUGAAGGACACAGUGCACAUCUGCUUCUCUGCUGUUCUGCACAACCAGCCCACCAGCAGCCACAGGUUCCCCGCCACCCCCACCCACUUGUUCAGAUACUCCUCACUCGUCAACAGCUCCAGAGUCACCUUUCAGCAGCCACACGCCAAGGAUAUCCCGAAAGUUCAGAGAAUCAUCACGGCCAGUAAAUCGCCUGCGAACAUUGGGGUAAUGAGGAGAGAAAGUAAUCCCGGAGUCAAGGACUGCCAGAUGGAAAAGAUUGGCYGGGAUUGCUUCCAAAACCAGACGGAGACAGAAUCCUCUCCCGACAGUAAAAAGCUGCUUGAACAGCAGCAAAGGACCGCAGCGCAGAUUGGAACAUCUAAUGCAAAGCCUUCAGACGAUAGGGAGGAUGUAGAGGGAGSCAGCAAAAACACAAAACUACACAAAAACAACUGAAUGGAUGGGAUAUCAAUGGAGAUGCAGAAAAUCUGGAGAUCUUUUUCAGAGCACAUACUUGUGCACACACACACACACACACACACACAGUUUGCAGACGAGACACAGGAAUUGUUGGAUGAAAACAAACUUCUCAACCGUGAAAUUUUUAACUUUCUCGAUUGAAAACCUGCAUAAAUAAUUGGCAUGCAUUCUAGACUUAUUUUAAAGGUAGCAAUGGCACUGGUAACUUGUUUUAUGAUUGUUCAUAGUUWUUUUUUUUCAGCGCGAGGACACUYCUUUCUACAGUAAAUGUGUGUUAUUUCUAAAUAAAUCCCUUUGCACUGGUAAGGUCAUGAUAUUCUGUAAUAUAAGUACUCCCAUUAUCAAAAACUGCUGUAACACCAAACUUACAAAUAUGGUUUGUCAGUCAUUGUAGCAAGGUUAAUUUACUCUCUCCUCCAUAUUUUGAACUAUAUAGGCUCUCAAGUUGGCUGGCCAACUUCUUUCAACAUUUAAUAUUUCAGAGCUCUUUCUGCCUUUAACAUGCUAGAGGUGAAGAGCCAAAGACUCACAAUGAGUCGUCUCCCUGAGAAUGUGCCAUGCACUGAGUAGUUACUCCUAGCUACAUUUAUCUGUGUUAUUUGACCUUUCUGUGUUCUUUCAAUAAACUGUGAUUUUCAGUAAAUYUGUGACGAWUAAAUGGAUAUUUGUGGAGAAAAUGAA